GCCCGCACCGGUCGCGCCGAGCCACGGUCGUCCACCCCGACUCGAAGGAGGUAGCGACGCGGCCAUGAGCUACGCGUAUCUGUUCAAGUACAUAAUCAUCGGCGACACGGGCGUUGGCAAGUCGUGCCUGCUCCUGCAGUUCACCGAUAAGAGGUUCCAGCACGUCCACGACCUGACCAUCGGAGUGGAGUUCGGCUCGCGCAUGGUCAGCAUCAACGACAGGCAGAUCAAGCUUCAGAUCUGGGACACCGCCGGGCAAGAGUCCUUCAGGUCCAUCACCCGCUCCUACUACCGCGGCGCCGCUGGGGCGCUGCUGGUGUACGACAUCACGCGGCGGGAGACGUUCGAGCACCUCUCCUCCUGGCUCGAGGACGCGAGGCAGCACGCCAACCCGAACAUGACCAUCAUGCUCAUCGGCAACAAGUCCGACGUCGCGCACAAGAGGCAGGUGUCGCGCGAGGAAGGGGAGGAGUUCGCCAGGGAGCACGGCCUGGUGUUCCUGGAGACGUCCGCCAAGACCAGCGAUAACGUCGAGGAGGCGUUCAUCAACACCGCGUCGGUCAUCUGCGAGAAGAUCGACGACGGGCUGGACGUGAGCAACGAGUCGCACGGGAUCAAGGUUGGGUACGGCGCCGGCGGCACCGGCGCCAACCAAGGGGGCUUCGUCAACCCGGGAGCCGCGCCGAGGGUGGGAGGAGGCGGCGGCGCGGCCGGGCAGUGCUGCUGAGCUAGUCGUUGUUGUAACAUCAGGCCGAUCUUCUU